AUGUUCAACUGGGCUAAACAGACUUUAGCCAACGUCGUUGGCACCGAGGAGCCCAUCUAUGGCCCAUCUGCUAUCAAGUCGGUCGCCGAAGAUGCCAAGGUCACGCCCUACACGGAGCUGAAGAAGGAGGACCUGAAAUGGGCCGUCAUGGAGUCCACCUCUGUCGAGACACAGAGUUUCUACCUCAUGUCUGACAGCGGAUAUCUCGGUCUUGCCCAGGUCAUCUAUAGUAACGUUGCCGGCAUUAAGACCACGGUCCAGUUCAACUCCAAGAUCUCCUACCUUGACAACUCAAAGCCUCACCUGUGGUGCUCCAACCCUCUGAACGACCACGAGUUCAGCGAUGACAAGCUCAACUUUUAUGCCAAGGACUGUGCCGUUGAGCUCUCGGAGGACGGCAACACCUACACGAUCAAGUCUAUGAACGAUCAGCGCUGUAUUGUCAAUCUAAAGAUCACCAAGGUGGCCCCCGGUUUCGUGGCCGGCAAGGACGGAAAGACACUGUACGGUACAGACCUGAAGAACCCCUGGGGUUCCAUGAGACACGCAUUCUGGCCCCGUUGUGUCGCUGAAGGCAGCAUGAUGACCAAGGAUGGCCCCAUCGACUUCAAGGGACAGGCCUUCUUUGCUCACGCCCUACAAGGCAUGAAGCCUCACCACGCUGCUGCCAAGUGGAACUUCCUCGACUUCCAAGGACCGACCUACUCGGCCGUGCUGAUGCAGUUCACGACCCCACCAUCGUAUGGCACCACCAGCGUCGCCGUGGGUGGUAUCGCCAAGGACGGUGAGAUCAUCAUUGCUGGCUCGGACUGCGACGCGGUUCACCUCGAGACCAAGUCAGAUUCCGACAACGAGUGGCCUGAGCCCAAGAAGGUCAAGUUCACCUGGUCAGGCAAGACCAAAGACGGCAAGCCUGUUGAAGCUGUUAUCGAGGGACCAUUUGAGCAGCGUCUGGACCGUGUGGAUGUCAUGGCCGAAGUACCUGCAUUCGUCAAGAAGAUUGUUGCUGGUGCUGCAGGCACCAAGCCUUACAUUUACCAGUUUGCUCCUCCCAACUUCACGUUGCAGCUGAAGAUCGGCGAAGAGACGAUCACAGAGCAGGGCAAGACCUUUAGUGAAGCAACAUUCAUUUCUGCUACCGAUGCCGCCGCUUCGCAGUCUUAG